UCACUCAGUCGAUAGCAAUGAAACAGUGCAUAUCGCGCAGCUUUAACUGUAAUCUGCUCAGUGUGGUAAUCGAUCAGCGACUCAGAAUUGACACCUGUCGAUAUCUAAUCGAGAUACUAUCGCGCCGCAUCUCUGGCGAUCUACGUUGGUUAGACCUGUUCCCACAUCUAUGGAGUUUCAUCUAGACAGUGCAGAAUACUGCCAGGCACAGCACAAAUAAAAAGUAAUCAAACCUCAAGCAAGGCGGUGAUAGCCUGAGUGAACACCGGUCACCGGUCUGUCUCUUCAGAAGUGUCGACGCGUCGAUAACUUGUGUGUGUGGAUCAUAUCAGCGGAUCAGAAGAUCGGCUGGAUAUAGGAUAUAUAGCGGCAGCAGCAGCAGCAACAGCGGGCCAACACAACGUCUGUCCGGUCUCUCACUCCGGUCGUCAAUCUAUGAGAGCGAAAGAAGGAGAGAGAGAGAGAGAGAGAGCGGAAGCAGCUAAAUCUACACCUCCUUAAAUUUUUUAGCAUCGCAGCAUCGUCUUCAUAUCAUCGCUGAAAAGGAAAUCUUUUUAUUGUAACAUCGAAAACUGAAAAAAAAACGUUGUUAAAUCCGAGAGAUAAACUGAAAAACUAACAGGGAUUUAAUUCACGGAAAAUUUCAUACCAUUUUCUUUGUGAUAGAAGGAAAAAAAAAAUCUACAAUUGUACUUAAAUUAAUUUAAAAAAAAAAA